AACUCCAUAGCUGUCUCCAGUAAUCAAGCAUAUUUUGCCAUCACGUUCUCCUCAACGAGAUUCCUUUUCUUCCAGAAUGAUUGUCGCGGCACCGGACGGACUGCUGAGCUUUCAAAUUGUCUCCAUCUUUUGACCACACUAGGGGAAUGGAGUUGAAAUAUUGAUUGCGGUAGUUUUCCGGCCUUACAUAAUUGAGGUUGAUUGCGUUUGGGAACUUGAUGCAUAAAAUUUGCAUGAUUCCUCACUCCUUUCUGGAUCUGUCAUUGGACUCCAGCCAGCAUGGCUCACGCCACAAAGGUUAACGGCUGUGCCUCAGGAAAAACAGAUGAUGUUCUGAACGGAGAUCCUGACAAGGAACAGAAAGAUCCUUACUUUGUGGAGACCCCCUAUGGUUAUCAGCUGGACUUAGACUUCCUCAAGUACGUGGACGACAUACAGAAAGGAAACACCAUCAAGAAACUCAACAUCCAGAAGAGGCGGAAGCCGUCGGUGCCAUGCCCGGAAAGCAGGGCCGUGCCUGGUCAGCAGGCUGUGUGGACUUCCACGGAAUCCCUCUCGUCCUCCAACAGUGAUGACAACAGGCAGUGUCCUCACUUCCUGCUAGCCAGAAGCCACGUUACGUCGACUCCCAUCCCAAGGCCCCCUGCCCCUCCGGAGACCUCACCCCCUUUCCUUACCGUCCCAGAAAGUCGACAGCUGCCACCGCCCUCCCCUCAACUCCCAAAGCACAACCUUCAUGUCACCAAGACGCUGAUGGAGACCCGGAGGAGACUGGAACAGGAGAGAGUCACCAUGCAGGUGGCCCCGGGUGAGUUCCGCAGGCCCAGGCUGGCCAGUUUUGGAGGCAUGGGCUCCACGAGCUCGCUCUCCUCCUUCAUGGGUUCCGGAAACCACAAUCCUGCCGCACACCAACUUCAGAAUGGAUACCAAGGCAACGGCGAGUACAGCGGCUAUGCCCCAGCCGUGGCCACCACGUCGCCCAUGGGGAGCUCCAUCCGCCACAGCCCCCUGAGCUCAGGGAUCUCCACGCCAGUGACCAACGUGAGCCCCAUGCACCUGCAGCACAUCCGCGAGCAGAUGGCCAUUGCCCUGAAGCGCCUGAAGGAGCUCGAGGAGCAGGUGCGAACCAUCCCCGUGCUCCAGGUGAAGAUCUCCGUCUUGCAAGAGGAGAAGAGACAGUUGGCCUCGCAGCUGAAACACCAGAGAGCGACAGCCCAGAACGACGCGUGCGGUGUGAGGAAGCGGUCCUACAGUGCGGGGAGCGCGUCGCAGCUGGAGCGGCUCUCCAGGGCCCGGCGCAGUAGCGGCGGAGGUGAACUGUACAUCGACUACGAGGAGGACGAGGUGCGACGCGUGGAACAGAGCGCGCAGAGCGUCAGGGAGUUCCGGCAGCUCGCGGCAGACAUGCAGGCCCUGGAGCGGAAGAUCCAGGACGGCAGCUGCGAGGCCUCCUCGGGGCCCCGGGAGGACGGGGAGUGCCGGUCCGUGGCUGUGGGUGCCGACGAGACCAUGGACCGCGUGGUGGUGUACCGCAGGGGCUCCGCGUCCCGGAAGGACGCCGCCGUCGGGACGGCCACCGAGUCGAGGAACUGUGGGGUCGGCGUGACAGAGGCCAUGCUUGGCGUGACCACGGAAGCGGACAAGGAAAUCGAGCUGCAGCAGCAGACCAUAGAGGCCUUGAAGGAGAAGAUCUACCGCCUGGAAGUGCAACUGAAAGAAACCACCCAUGACCGCGAGAUGACUAGACUCAAGCAAGAGCUGCAGGCCGCGGGGUCGAGGAAGAAGGCGGACAAAGCCGUGACGGCCCAGCCGCUGGUUCUCAGCAAGAUGGUGGAGGCGGUGGUGGCCACCAGGGACCAGACGGCUGGCCAUCACGUGGACCUGGCGGAUGCCUGUGUCGGGAGCGCCGUGCAGAUGCACAGCCUGGGCGUCUCCUGCCGGCCCCGUUGUGAGAGCAGGCUCGUGGGGCCCGAGCUGCCCAUGAGUUGGUGGAUUGUCAAGGAGAGGGUGGAAACGCACGAGCAGGGUACCGGGAGGUCCGUGGAGACGUGCGACAAGAGCGUGGGUGUGGAAAUCAGCGUCUGCGAAACGGGCAGCAACACGGAGGAGUCCGUGCACGAUCUGUCGCUCCUCAAGACCAACCUGAAUCUCAAAGAAGUGCGAUCCAUCGGCUGCGGGGAUUGUUCCGUUGAUGUGACUGUCUGCCCCCCGAAGGAGCUCACGUCCCGGAGCGUGAACACGGAGGCCGCUGGCCAGGUGGAGGCUGCUGUCAUGGCGGUGCCUCGUACCGCGAGCCGGCACACCAGCACGGUUUGGGAGCAGGUGGACCGGGGCACCAACACCGAGGUGGUUACCCUCGCGGAAUCCUGCACCAGCACUUCCCUCAGCACUUUGGACAAGCAGACCAGCACUCAGACCGUGGAGAUGCGGACGGUGGCCGUAGGAGAAGGCCGCGUGAAGGAUGUCAAUUCCUCCACCAACACACGGUCCAUCGGAGUUGGAACCGUGCUCUCUGGCACUUCUGGGUUUGACAGGCCGUCGGCCGUGAAGACCAGAGAGUCAGGCGUGGGGCAGAUAAAUAUUAAUGACAAUUAUCUGGUUGGUCUCAAAAUGAGGACCAUCGCCUGUGGCCCUCCACAGUUGACUCUGGGGCUGGCAGCCAGCAGGAGGAGCGUAGGCGUAGGAGAUGGGCCUGUUGGCGAGUUCGCGGAGAGCCCCCUGCCCCAGGCUCCCGCUGGAAUGGUGACCGGCUUGGAUCAUUACAUUGAGCGGGUCCAGAAGUUGCUGGCUGAGCAGCAGACACUGCUGGCUGAGAACUACAGCGAGCUGGCAGAGGCUUUUGGGGAGCCUCACUCGCAGAUCGGCUCUCUGAACUCGCAGCUCAUUAGCACCCUGUCCUCGAUCAACUCAGUCAUGAAGUCCGCAAGUACGGAGGAGCUGAGGAACCCUGACUUCCCAAGAAUGAGUCUGGGUAAAGUCACAGGCAGUAGUCUGGAAUACCCCUGUAAGUGCGGAGGCCUUCAGUCAGGAGGACCGUUCAACACCCAGACAUCCCGGCACGAGCAAGAAGCGGGGACCACGGACGGGAGACCCCUCGGCGGCCAGGACGCCUUCCCCUCUCAGGAAAGCGCGCUGUCUCCCGUGAACCUGACAGACGACCAGAUAGCCGCUGGCCUCUACGUAUGUACCAACAGUGAAAGCACGCUGAAGUCGAUCAUGAAGAAGAAGGAUGGCAACAGAGAUUCAAAUGGAGCAAAGAAGAAUCUGCAGUUUGUUGGCAUUAACGGAGGGUAUGAAACAACUUCAAGUGAUGAUUCCAGCUCAGAUGAAAGCUCUUCCUCCGAGUCAGAUGACGAGUGUGACGUCAUUGAGUAUCCUCCUGAGGAAGAGGAGGAGGAAGAGGAGGACGAAGACACUCGGGGAAUGGCGGAAGGGCACCACGCAGUUAAUAUGGAAGGUUUCAAGUCCGCCAGGGUGGAAGAUGAAAUGCAGGUUCCAGAAUGUGAACCUGAGAAGGUGGAAAUCAGAGAGAGGUAUGAAUUAAGUGAAAAGAUGUUAUCUGCAUGCAACUUACUGAAAAAUAACAUAAAUGACCCCAAAGCUUUGACCAGCAAGGACAUGCGGUCCUGUCUGAACACCCUGCAGCACGAGUGGUUCCGCGUAUCCAGUCAGAAGUCGGCCUGCCCGGCCAUGGUAGGGGACUACAUAGCUGCUUUUGAGGCUGUCUCCCCGGACGUCCUGCGCCACAUCAUCAACAUGGCGGAUGGCAACGGCAACACGGCCCUCCAUUACAGCGUGUCACAUUCCAAUUUCGAGAUCGUGAAGCUGCUCUUGGACGCCGACGUGUGUAACGUGGACCACCAGAACAAGGCGGGAUACACCCCCAUCAUGCUGGCAGCCCUUGCCGCGGUAGAAGCAGAGAAGGACAUGCGUGUCGUGGAAGAGCUCUUCGGCUGCGGGGACGUCAAUGCCAAAGCCAGCCAGGCGGGACAGACAGCCCUCAUGCUGGCGGUCAGUCACGGGCGGAUCGACAUGGUGAAGGGCCUGCUGGCCUGCGGGGCCGACGUCAACAUCCAGGACGACGAGGGCUCCACCGCCCUCAUGUGUGCCAGUGAGCACGGGCACGUGGAGAUCGUCAAGCUGCUGCUGGCCCAGCCGGGCUGCAACGGCCACCUAGAAGACAACGACGGCAGCACGGCACUCUCGAUAGCCCUGGAGGCGGGACACAAGGACAUCGCCGUUCUCCUGUACGCCCAUGUCAACUUCGCGAAGGCCCAGUCUCCGGGCACCCCCAGGCUUGGAAGGAAGACAUCUCCUGGCCCCACCCACCGGAGUUCAUUUGACUGAUUAUAUGCAAAUAGCCGUCCAUUUACAUGCCACCACUAAGCUGCUAAUUGUUCCUCUUGGGGUGACAGAUACUGAAUGUAUGCGUACUGUGCCUGAGCUCACCAGCAAACAGAACGGGUAAGCCAGGGCGGAAGCCUGGAGCUGCACGGUGGGGGCGGAGCCAGCAGGGGCGUGCCGCCCGGCACACCCCGCCUCCCACCUGGCCGCCUUCCCUGUGCGCGGGGCGCGCCCACCCCCGUCUCUGUUGCUGUCGAGUCUCUGCUCCGUUAUGUACAGUCGUAGGAUACGGUGACCUGGCCUGAGCGGGCAGCCCCUACUCCCUUCUCUCCCGCCCUCGCCACUGGCGAGAAGCGUCAGGUUCUCACUGGCUUGGCGUUCUUAGCAAUUGUCUGCAAGUAUUUAUAUUUACCCCUUGUGGAGCCAUUGGAAAGCUCUGAAAAUCCCAUUCCGGGAGGGUUUUGUUGAUUUUCCUUUUGUCUUCACUGUUGGAAAGCGAGGGAGUGGAGAUGACCAAUCGUCAGCACCUUGGGCCUGGCCUGGUAGAUUCCUGGUUUAAAAAUAGAAGACAGAACUCUCGGAAAGUACAAAACUUAAUGAAAAGAAAGCUUUUCGGUUGGGUUUAUCUGGGUGGGUGUUAUUAUAUGACUUUUUAUAUAAAAGGCAUCUAUAUAAAAUUGACACAGUAUUUUCACCUUUUAUAUUCCGUCGUCAUUGAGACAUGAAGAAGUACGUGUAACAUUACCAUGUUUUUAAUUAAUAAUUGCACAAAUCUGUACCUAAUGACAAGGGUUGAAUCACGUUAGAGGAAUUGGCUAUAUAUUUGCCUCUAGAGAAACAUAGUGUAGUUCUCCACGUAUUUAUGGAUUCCUUUCUACCAUGUCACAUUUACUUUGGUCUUAAAUGUAUUUAAAUGUUUGAAGUGCCUUAGACUCUUGCCAUAUUUUCAAAAUAAAAUUUCAUUAAGUGCUCUUGCUUGUCCCGGCUUCAUCUCUGACAGCUGUCUGCCCGAUCCUAUUGACUUACAGCAGUGGCAGCAAAAGCUGACGGAUUGUGCCGGCAGGGACUGCUGGCCCGCUGGUCUUGCACUUGGACGAGACGAGACACCUUCUGAGAGCACUGCGUUUGCAUGGCUCUGCCCGUUACUCAGGUUGCACGUCGGGAGUCGGAAAUUUAAGGCCUUAUUAGGCACACAGCUCAUCAGACAGGUAACUUCCGAGUGGAGGCGACGAGUUAGCUCUUGUCAGGCCUCUGGUCCUGGUUUCGGGUACAGCUGCUGGGUGACUGCACCUGCCUUGCAGCCUUUUCUACAAAGUGAAGGGGAUCCAGUCUAUCUCGUUUCAAUGAAGAAACGUGGCCGCCAAAAUGCAAAUGAGGUGCAUGGGCCCGGUUGCCAGUGGUGAAUUUUAACCCAGGCCAUUUAUGAGGUGUACCAGAGAAUCAUCACGGGUUCUUGCACGUUUCUUUCCCUUCUUCCUCUUUCCUUCUUCUCCUCUGCUCAUUCAUUGCUGGGCUUGAGAAAGAGACCAGAGAACAGAUGUUCCCAGCAGGUGUGCACCACGAUGCCUGUCCUAGAAAGCCUGUUGUUUCACAGGCUUAGAGGUGUGGUUGUUUAGAGAACAACUCAGAGGAGCUCUGAAAAGUAGCACUGGGAAUUGAGGCCAACUUGGGGCCGUAUGUGAUGGCCCCCAAGUCCCAUGCCGGGACAUCUAGGGCAGAAGGACCAUCCUCUUCCAUGAACCGUGAAAGUGAAGUCACAGCUGCCUGGGGACGCGAACAUCUUUGUCCAUCCCGGGGUAGCUCAGGGAUUGGCACUAAAUUUCAGUUCGCAUAGUUAUUCAAGCUCCUUCAGACCUGAAAGAGCACAAUAAAUUAAAGCAGAAGGUUGUGUGUGUGAAGAAAAGUGGCGCUGUGAGUUCGGUACCCUUUAAUGGCAUGACGUGCCUUUUGAGCAGGGAGGGCUGCAUCUCUGCUGGUUUGUGGUCCAGGGAGUUUUGUUCUGUUUGACAAGAGAAGUCAUUAAUAAUGUCAGUGCAUGAGCAAACAAAUUCCUACGUCUGUGGUUCAUUGCAGAUUUCUUAUGCUAAAUUUUGCAAAAGAAAAUGAGUGAGUGUUUUAUCAUGGAGUGUGGUCUUAACUCAAUACAGAAUCGAGCUGCCGGGAGCUCUGCUUUGUGCCUUGUUUGCUCUGCUAACACUGGGCACUUACAAGGCUUUUUAUUUUGGGAUCUUGGCACAUUAUAUAAACCAUCCUGAUUGUCCCCCAUUGGUGUAGCUGCAGUUUCUUGAGCCACAAGUCUAUAAGGCUAUAAAGGAAUGUGUGACAGGACACUGGGGCAGGUUCCCCCACGUGAGGCCGGCCUAGGGCUGGAGACUCCCGAUCUUGUUUUCUGGCAGAUGUGAUGAGAAGCCUAAAUCUGUAAGUGACAGCCUCUGUUUUCUUACCCUGGAAAAUUAGAAGCUGAAGACACCCCUAGACAAAAGGGUAGAGCAGUGGGAACUUUGAGACUUUAACAUUAAGAAACAAAGGGACGCCUGGGUGGCUCAGUCAGUUGAGCGUCUGACUGUGGCUAAGGUCAUGAUGUCAGGGUUUGUGGGUUCAAGCCCCCAGUCGGGCUCUGUGCUGACAGCUCAGAUCCUGGAGCCUGAUUCUGACAGAUUCUGUGUCUCCCUCUCUCUCUGCCCCUCCCCCACUCACACACAUGCUUACUCUCUCUUUCUCUCAAAAAUAAAUUUAAAACAUUAAAAAAAAAACACAACAAAAACGUGAAAUACAACUUGUCCUGCUCCACCGUGGCUUAGUGGACUAAACCCUGUGUGGGGGUGGGGAGGGCUGGGGGAGCCUUGCUGCUGGAGAAAGUUACCAGGAGUAUGCGUUCUAGACCAGCCCCCCCC